UAAAGCUCGUCGGCCAGUGCAGCAGCGAGGCCUUCGCAACGGUGAGAGAGUCUGGCCGACGCGCUGCGCCUGCGGGGUGCGCGGGGUCCCCAGGCGCUGGCUUUUGUUGUGUGCGCGGCCCGGGAGCUCGGCCUCGGUCCCCGCCGCCCCGCCCCGGCUCCUCGGCCGCGGGGCUCCGGGGCCGCCCCUGCUCCCUGGGCUCCGGUCGCCCGUCCUGCCCAUCCGGCCCGCCCUGGCCGCCGGGCGCCGCCUGCGUCUUUGCUGACCGCUGGGGCGCGGCGUGCGCGCGGUGGUUCGCCGGCCUACGGAGAAUCAAAGAAGUGAACACACUCCUUGUGGAUGUCACUGAUAUGAUUGGAGAGAAAUGAACAAUUGUUAAAACAUAAAAUCGUAUUUAAAGAUCCUGAUGUUCAGAGCAACAGACUUUAUAGUACUGCUGUGAGAUCAGGCCAACUAUGAAUUGGAAUGCAAAACCAGAGAGCUCUCCCCUGCCCCCACCACCGUACCCUAAAAGCCAGUCGUCUAUUUUGCAGCAGUUUUUAAUACUCCAGCCUCCUACAACAUCUCAAAGUUCCUUCAGCUAUCCUGCAAAUAACCAAGAAUCAUGCAUGUAUUCUAGUAAUUCAAAUUCAGGUUUGCAGCCACUUUUGAAUGUCAGAAAUUAUACUCCUCAAAUCUCUGUUUCUAAUAUGCAUAACAGGACAGUUGUUGCCUCACAGACUUCAGUAGAUAGAAUCAUAUGCACAAAUGUUAAAGGACUCCAACAACCAAACCACAGUUUGCAGACAGUGUCUUCUGGAGUUGUGCAAAAUGUAUGGCUGAACUCACCAGUGAGGAAUUCUAUGCCUUCUCAUACAGAGGCAGCUGUACCCCAGCAAACUAAUUUUGGAACUAGUGUGCCUUAUAUACAUGCAGCACAGAAUCAACUUGUCACUUCAGAUACCUAUUCGGUGCAACUACAGAUGACUCCUUCAAAUUCUGUAAGAGGUCCUGUAACUUUUCAAGGAAACCAGGGGCUUAACCACUCGGUACCAGAUCAGCUGGUUGAUUGGGCACAACAAUACACAUCCAGUGAACUGACUUACCCAGAUUACAGGCCACCUCCAAAGCAAUAUUCUUAUUCACCACAAAACUUUUUGCAAGAUCCUUCUGUUCAGAAACAAAACUUUAUACCAUCUACAUCAUUUCAAGUUAAAAACAAUCAGCCUCCAGCUUCUGUACAGAAUUUACAUUCAAAGCAUCCUGCGCCUGUGUCAUCAUAUCAGUAUGCUGGGGAAACCAGCAAAAGACUUCCUGCCCUUCCUUACAACUGUAGAUAUGGAACCCAGCCCAUGCAAAACUCUCAGCCUGUUGCUAAACACUUCCCUGUGGAAGUUCCUCGGGGUUCAGAAAUGCAGUCCUCUGAAAAGAGAAAAGAUACUUACAAAGGCUUUCAACAACAAUGGCAAAAUGCUAGUGAAAAUAUAAGCAACAUUGGGAAUUUCUGUGACUUGAAAAUAAAUACCAGUGUCAAACAGUCUCAUAAUGAACCUGUUAGCUCUCCUAAGGAUGGUGUUCAGACUCUUGCUCAAAAUAAUCAAGAGAAAAGAAUGUAUUCCUACAAUCCAAGUGCAAAUCAAGUACUGGACACAAAUGUCACAAAAGAAAAGCUGGUGAGAGACAUUAAGUCAUUAGUAGAAAUCAAAAAGAAGUUUUCAGAACUUGCAAGGAAAAUUAAAAUUAAUAAAGAACUUCUGAUGGCAGCUGGUUGUAGUAAAACAGCUAACGCUUAUCCUGAAUCAGCUCAGCAUUCUGAAUUCUCAACCAAAGAAGUGUCUGCUAAAAGUGACAAACCCUGUUCCAUGGAAUUGCUAGCAACGUGUCUUUCUCUUUGGAAAAACCAACAAUCAGAAACUGCAGAAGAAAGAGUUCCAAAAUCUUCAGAAGAAAAAUUGUGCAGUGUGUCAAGAACCAGUAAAACGUCGACUGGAAGUUCAAAUCCUGUGAGCGAAGUUCAUGUUAAGAGCUUUUGUGCAGUUGGGGGAAGUUCUCAGAAGAAAAUGGCAAACCUGUCACAAGAAACAGUGCCAGUGGUCCCACCAACCUAUGAGUCUUCAGGUGUAGCUGCUGCGAAGGGAACAGAGCUUCAGAUUGCUGUGGUGUCACCCUUAAUUCUUUCAAGUGUCAGAACCUUACGUGGGGAACAGCUGGUACCUGAAGCGUUACCUGAACCUGUGUAUCCAGUUGUCAAGGAAGACAGUGUUUGUAGUUUACAAGACCAGCUUACAAAGAAUACAGCAGUAAUUGCUGCUUUGAACAUUGGUAAGGGAACAGUAGCAGAUAGCGCCACAUCAGACAAGGUUUCCCCAUCAGUUCAGAAGGAAAAACAGCACACGCCAACCCAGAGCGAUCCAGACACAGCUGGUGGCAGCCAGGGAAAGCACUCUCCCCCAGGUGAGGACGCCCUGCCUAACCCAGGGACCAGCACGGUGGCAAGUGGGCCCAUGUUACAGAUUGAAAGUAUUUGUUCUCUCGCUGAAGGUGAUACAUCUUACAAUUCCCAGAUAGCAGAGAUAUUCAACUCUUUACCUUUGAAAAAUGACCUUGAGAAACUUCCUUUACUGGAUCAGCAAGUAAUUGGUAAUCAACAAGAAGAGCAAGUAGACCAUAACAUGGAAAAUAAAGACUUUGGUUUUCAGAAAGACAAGUGUGUGCAGUGUACAGAUGUUCCUCAUGAAGUGACUGAGCAGCCAAAGCCACUGCAGCCUCCAGAGCCAGCAUCUUAUGAGGAUGUGGAAGCAAACAGAGAACUCAUAGAAAAAAGCAAUUUGGAACAUGCCACUGAAAAAGAAAGUACAACUAAGGAUGUGUGUUGUUCACCAGCUGCUAUUCAGCAAGACCCUCACCCUCAGGAAACUGAUGCGUGCAGCAGUAACUCAACCCAUGAUCCUGCAACAAAUGAGAUUCAUGAUGAAGAUCCACCUGCCUCAUACCUACAUGACCAGCUCUCAGAACUUUUAAAAGAGUUUCCUUAUGGCAUCGAAGCUGUUACAAGGCAUGAAGUUUCUGUGGGCCAACAAAAGACAGACCAAAUCUUGGAAAAUCAAACUGGUGGUAAAACUGGUCAUGUGUCUGAGGACUGCACAGACCAAAUAAAAAUUACAAUAUUAAACUCAGAUCAAAUCAAAGAAUUAUUUCCUGAAGAUGAUCAACCCUGUAAAUUGGCGGAACCUGAGAAAAAGACUGUUGCAGAAGGAAGGAGCCUGUGUGAUUCACAAGCCCCUAGAGGAGAAAGUCAUGAUCCUGGAAUGCUGGACUCAGAGAAAGACAAAAUCCAUUGCUGUGCAUUGGGUUGGCUCUCGAUGGUUUAUGAAGGAGUGCCACAGUGUCAGUGCAGUUCCGUGGAGGAGAAAGGGAAAGGCCAGGGUUCUUUGGAGAUCAACAGUUGCAGACAAGGAGAGAAGUUGUGUAGUCCUGGUAUCACCAUUUUUGAAAUUAAUACUGUUUCCAACACCCCGGGAAGUGCUCUGACCCAAGCAGCUGAGAAAGGUGACUUUCCUGAAAUACAUGACAAGAUAAAAACACCUGAAACAAAAGAGAACAGUUCACCAAAGGUGGAACAGGAAUCAGCUGGUCAACUUUCAGUUGAAUGUUUCAGCAAGGAUGAAAAAGAUGCAUCUAAAAUAAAACAGGACAUCUCACUAAAAAUGGGCCAAAAAAUAACAAGUGACAUUUCAUCUAAAUGUGUCAAACCAAAUCCUGUAAAAAGCAAUAAAACAAAGAAAUCCCUAACAUUUCAUGUGAUAAGUUUCAACUCUUAUAAUAACAUGCCAGCAUUUUCUGAACAAGCCCGUCUGGAAAGCCAGCGCAAACAUUUGGGUCCAGGAAAAGCACUGCGGAGACUUUUGCCAGAUAAAGAUUCAAGCAGGCGAAAUGUCUCUUUGGUACAGUCGGCAUCACCAGAAAAGAAAAAAUUGAAAUUCAAAGCAGGUGGCUCUAGACUAAAAUAUUUUGAAAAAAGAAAGAUAGACCACGUCAUCAUCCCAGAUAUGGAAGUAAAAAAGAAGAAAUACGAAAAACAAGAGCAAAACAAAAAUGCUGGAGGCACACUCCCAUUGUGCAGUACUCUGACAAACCCAAAUGAAGGAGCCAGUGGUAAAGAAAGGACAGUAUCAAGUGCCGAGUCCUCAGACUUGAAGACUAGCUCCUCUAAGAGUACCAGAGUCAUAACACUGCAGGAAUAUUUACAACGACAGAAAAACAAACAAAUGAUGGUCUGUAAUGCUUCCAAAAACGUAUGUGUGGAAAAUGUGCUGUGUGACUCUGAGCAUUUGAGGCCCAGUAAACAUGCUGCACCUGGAAGCUGGGGAAAGUUAAUGGGGAUGCACAGUGGCGGUGCAGAGACCUCAAAAGAACCAGUGCGUACUUUCACAAGCCAUGGUAAAAAUCACAGCCACCAUUCUGAGGAGUCCAGAUCAUACAAUGUGUCAAGGAAUAGCAAAGGAAAAGUUGAUAGGAAGCAUCUUGACAAAGCCAGUAUUGAUAAAACCAAGAUAGAGAAAAGAUUGGGUGAUGUGAAUAAUGAGGUUGAGUCCAGCCAGAUGCCUUCCCAGGCAAAGCAACAAAGGAAACUGUAUCUGAACAGAGUUGCAUUUAAGUGCACAGAACGGGAAAGCAUUUGUCUUACUAAAUUGGACAGUGCAUCCCAGAAGCUUAGUAAGGAGGAUGAGAAGAGUCAGGAAUAUAUGCCCAAGACAAAAGAUGCCACAGACAAACCUAGCAUGUUGGAGUUUAAGUUAUGUCCAGAUAUGUUGUUGAAGAAUACAAGCUCUUUUGACAAGCAGGAUGACCCAAUGCCUGGGCUUGGGAAGGAGCAAGCCCCUGUUCAAGUUUCAGGAAUAAAAAGUACAAAAGAAGACUGGUUAAAAUGCAGCCCUAUUAAGACAAAGAUGCCUGAACCCAGCCAAGAAAUAGAUCAUGCUAAUUCAAGACUCUCCAAGAGAAGCUUCAGUGCAGAUGAAUUUGAGAUACUGCAAAACCCAGUAAAAGACUCAAAUGCCAUGUUCCAAACCUACAAACAGAUGUACCUGGAGAAGAGAAGCAGAAGCCUCGGGAGCAGUCCUGUGAAGUAAUGGCAGAGUGUGGUGGUUUUGGAAUUACCAGCAGGAAAUCCUUGACCUUCUUUUCAGACUUCCUUGCUUGAAAUAACUCAGGACUAUCAAGAUUUGGAUUUCUUAGCCUAGGAGUUUAGUUACCCUUAGGUUACAUUUUUCACUGAUACUAUGUAACUAAAAUGAUGGAUACCUAUUAAGAAACAGAUGGCCCUUGUCUCAAGCUACAGGAUACAUGAGCUAUAUUGUUGAACCUAGUUUAGUUAAGGCUUGCUGGCACAGUGGUGUACACCUGUAAUCCCAUCUCUUGAAAGGUGGCGUCAAGAGAAUCAGGAGUUCUAAGUCAUCCUUGGCUACAAAUAGAAGUCUGAGGCCAGCCUGGGCUACAUAGGAUGCUGUCUUAAAAAAUAAAACAACCAAAAAAGAUGAUCAAGGCUGCUUAUACCAAUCUUAUUUUGAAAUGCUGACUGUCAUCUUGAAGUAACUAUUCAUUAGUUGAGGACUUGGUUAUUUGACUGGGACUGUAAAUAUAUUUUUGUUUCUAAGCUACGUUAGCAAAACUUAUUUUUUAGAAAUGCCCACUGUGAAUGUCAAAAUAUAUUCCUAAGUAUUUUAUACCUUAUUGUAAAGGUUUUUUCAGAGUCUUGUUUUAUACUUGUUAAACCGAAUGCAGGUUUUGAAUGAUGUCUUGAUAUUACUUUUCAUACUUGAAAUAAACAUUUAUUUUUAAAGAACUUCA